UUAUGUCCGGGGUAAAAAAUUAAGUACAUACAUUAAAAUAAAAUAGUCUCAUUUGUUUUUUAUAUUGCUAUUAACCAAGUUAAAUAAAAAGUUGUACCAGAAUAAUGUACUCUUAGAAUCAAUGGUAUCUUGCGCCAAAAUAAUUCUGCGCUCGAUUUAUUAUCCUGCCGGGCGGGCGCGCGACGUGCGAUCCGUUGAUCUUGCGCGCGGCCGCGGCAGUGGCUGUUUACGGGACAAGAACUGCUGCUGCGCACGGCCCGCGCGUUCACAUAAACUGAACAUAUAAUGCUUCUGUUUUAUAUGUUGUUAACUCUACUCAGAUUGAGCAAUAACGCGAGACAAACGCGUCUGCGUUCUGGAUGAUGUAUCGCUCUCUGUUUGCCUUCAGCUCUGCGGAGCGGAACGCGCUGCGCUUCCCCGCGGGCGAAUCUUUUUUCAUCCUCGAGCGCAGCAGCGCGCACUGGUGGCUCGCGACGCGCUGCAGCUCCGGCGAGACGGGAUACAUCCCUGCGUCAUAUAUAGAGAAGAUAGAGGCUCCUGAGCACGAUGAGGUUCUGCAGUCUAUCGAUCGAGCCAUUGAGUCCAUUCACAAUGUGGCCAUGACAAACGGAGGAAAAUAUAACCUGGAGCAGAGAGACGUCCUGCAGAAGUUGAUCCAUCACAGGAAAGAGACGCUGUCCCGAAGAAGCCCAACUUCAUCCGAUCACAAGCAGAAACUCCCAUCAUCCUCCAGUGAGAUGUCUCUGAGCCGCACGCCGCUGCCGCCCAACGGUUUGAGUCGAGCUCACAGCUGUCAGAACACAGAGAGAGAAGCUGAACUCUAUCAGGUUCCCCCUCAUCCUCGCAGAGCUGCACCUGUAACUCCGCCUCCUCCAGAGAAACACAGACAGCAGGAACCCAGAGAGCCAGAAGUGUCAUCAAGAGUUUCCUCCCCAAGCUCCACCCACAGUGCUGUUCCUCCAUCUAUCAGCUCCGCCUCUUUAGACUCUGUGAUGUCCUCAGACGUCAGUCUUCCCAGUGUCAGUAGUACACCUCCUCCUGUCCCGAAGCGAGGCAAGGCUCCGCCCCCUCCUGCAGCUGACCAAUCCUCAUCUCCAAUAUCCCAGCAAGAUGCUUCUUAUAACAGUCCGGCAUCUCAGCCAAUCAGCUCACAGGCCCCGCCCCCAUCCGGUCAAUCCCCUACUCCGGAUCCUUCUGAAAAAAGGCCGGCACCUCGGCCAAUGAAAUGGCAGCCCACCGCUGAUCCCCAGAAUGAGGCCAAGUGGCCGGUUGCCCAACCUCCUGUUUCUCUCAGCCCCCCUGGCAGCCCCUCCCAGUCCUCUGAUGUUCCCAUGACGAUCGGACCGGAGCUGAUUGAAUUGGUGCGGAAGAACACGAGUCUUAGUUACGACCUGUCGAGGGUCGCCGUGGGUGUGGUAGUGGGUCACCUGCAGGGCGUUCUGCCAAAGUCGUCGAGUGAUCUGGAGCGUGUUCUGAUGUCACUGGUGGAGAGUAAGGAUGUGAGUUCAGCGCUGCCGCUCGGGCAGGUGUCUCACGACGAGCAGCGGCUGCAGGUCAUCUUCAGCGAUCUGGCCCGUCACCGUGACGACGCGCAGCAGCGCAGCUGGGCUCUGCAUGAAGAUUACGCGCUCAUCGCAUGUUACCUGGAGGAGUUACUGCAGAUACUGACGGAUGCUGAUCCUGAGGUGUGUAAGAAGAUGUGUCGAGUGAACCAGUUCGAGCCGGUUCUGUCGCUGGUGUCCUACUAUCAGAUGGAGAAUCGCGUGUCCCUGCGCCUGCUGCUGCUCAAGGUCUUUGGUGUCAUGUGCGGUCUGGACGCGGCGCUCAUCUCCACCCUCCUGAACUCAGUGUUGGCGAUGGAGCUGGCGCGCGACCUGCAGAACGACACCAGCGAGCACGACAAGAUGUGUUACAGCGCGCUGCUGAUGGCCAUGAUCUUCUCCACGGGUGAACAGGUCCCGCUGCAUCACUACGAUCAUCUGGACGCAAGUCUCCUGCAGUUCCUGUUGGACGUGAUUGAGGACGGAUUGACCUCUGACCCCACAGAGCAGCUGCCCGACCUCUUCAUCAACCUCCUGCUGGCCUUCAACCUCCACUUGAGCGUACCAGAGAGUAAUAUUGUCAUGCAAGCGCUGAUCAAGAGACACAAUGUGAAGAUUCUCCCAGAGAAAAUUCUGCUGUUACUCAACAGAGGAGAGGAUCCUGUGUGUGUGUUCACACACUCUCCCACCGCUCCUCACGCUGUGCUGAAGUUUCUGCAGGACGUGUUGUCCAGUCGAGACACUGCAGACAUUUUCUACCGCACAGAUCUGAUGGUGAUGAUUGACAUCGCAGUGAGACAGAUCUCAGACCUGUCGCCCGGUGAUAAAAUGCGUAUGGAGUAUCUGUCUCUCAUGCACGCUAUUAUGCGUUCGACGGAUUAUCUGGACCAUCAGCAUCGGCUGUGUGACCUACAGGCAGUGCUGCAAAGGAUUCUGGGAGAGGAGGAUGACUCCGGUUGUGUGGACGAGGGUUCCAGCAGACAGAUGGAUAAACUCAUCGUGCAGCAGAUCUAUAAAGAAUUCCCUCAGAUCUGUACAAACUGAUGGGAAAAAAUCGUCUGUAGUUGCCAAAGCCAUCCAUCGUGUUUUAUGACUCUACCUCUUCACACAUCACAACACUCACUGUCUGAUGUUCUGUAAUAUUUCUGUUCUGUUCACAUCUGAACACUGACAGUAAAACAC